GUGCAGAGAGAUAAGAGUUACAGUCACAGACUUGGGUCACGAACUGAAGCUUUGACUAUGAAGCCACAUUGAAGCAAUAACUUCACUAGCCAGGAAGCUACAUAACCGGAUGCUCGGGUCACGCUAACUACUUUCCCUUCUCUGCUCAUUCUCUCCCUCUCUCUGUUUCUGGGAUUUUUCACGAAACAGAAUAUCCAUAUGACUGUUUACGGAUGCAACCAUUUGUCUUGGAGACAAGAGGAGCUCUACGUUUAUGAGCAAGACUAAAGAGUGGCUUAACAAGAGAUGGGUUGGGCCCAAAUAUAAAUGAAAAUUGAAAAGAACAUUGAGAACAACAUUUUCACCACGCCGACUCUAACAAUUGCUCCCAUCUCGUCAAUGGCUUGUAUGGCUGAGGAUCAAAACCCUAGGUUCUUCAUUGCCGUUCACGUUGGCGCGGGUUAUCACGCGCCAUCCAGCGAGAAAGCCCUAAGGUCCGCCAUGAAACGCGCUUGCCUCGCUGCUGCUUCUGUUCUUCGCAAGGGUUCGGGUGGAUGUCUGGAUGCUGUUACAGCUGCUAUUCAAGUGUUGGAGGAUGAUCCUUGGACAAAUGCGGGCAGAGGCUCUAAUUUGACAGAGGAUGGCAGUGUGGAGUGUGAUGCGAGCAUAAUGGAUGGUGACUCUGGGGCAUUUGGAGCUGUUGGAGCAUUGCGAGGUGUCCGAAAUGCCAUCCAGAUUGCUGCCUUACUGGCCAAGGAGCAAAUGACAGGUUCUUCAUUGUUGGGUCGAAUACCUCCCAUGUUCUUGGUAAGUGAAGGUGCUCGUAUAUGGGCAAAAUCCAAAGGCUUUGAUUUGCCGGCAACUAUAGAAGAGGCUGACAAGUGGCUAGUGACAGAAAGGGCAAGAGGACAGUGGAAGAAGUACAAAGCGAUGCUUCUGAAUGCCACUGCCGAUAUUGAUGUUUCCGAUGGAAGAUUCAGUUGUAAUUCUCAGGAGACCACAAAAAUACCAGAAUUAGAAGUUCAUUCUGGCAACUCUUCAAAAGGGAAUACUGGUAGUCAAUCAUCUAUGUCGUGUGCAUUGGAAGAGGAUAAUAUCAUGGACACCGUUGGAGUCAUUUGUGUUGACAGUGAAGGGCACAUAGCUUCUGGCUCCUCUAGUGGCGGUAUAGCAUUGAAGCAGGUUAGUGGGCGUGUGGGGUUGGCAGCUAUGUAUGGUUCAGGUUGUUGGGCUUCUUCGAGAGGGCUGUUUGGGGCUCCAUUCAUCGUCGGUUGCUGUGUUUCUGGAGCAGGAGAAUAUCUAAUGAAAGGAUUUGCAGCUCGAGAGUGCUGUGUUUCAUUAUCAAUUUCACAGGCUGGCCCUGCCUCUGCUAGCAUGAAAGUUUUACGUUCUGUAGUUAUGGACAACAGUCAAAACAUUAAUGAUAAAAGUGCAGGGAUUUUACUUGUGCAAGCUGAUGCACCUCAAUCGGCUCCAGGAAAUUCACCAAAGCUGAAGGCUGUAGAGAUUGCAGCUGCAUUCACUUCCUUGUCUUUUGGUAUAGGAUAUUUUGGGAGCUCUAUGGAACGACCCAAGGUUUCUGUUCUCCGUAGUACAAAACAGCAAAGCCAAACUGGAAUAGACCAUUUUGAAGCACGAAUCGAUCUUUCUUCCUAAAGUCUUUGAGACUAGAAUCUUGCUUCACCGAUUUUAGAUUUUCAGAUCAAUUUUGAAAGCUAGAGAAACAGAUGCAGUAAUAGAGUGAAGGGUGUUCAAAUCAAAUUUCAGAAAUGAUUUCGAAGUAGACAAGUUAUCAAGUUGUAGGAGAAACGAAAACUAGAUCCAUAACUCUUGGUAUGAUUAGCGUGCAACUCUGAAAAAUCCCCUGACAGGGGCGAGAGUGGACUCGGGUGCUUUUUACAUUGGUGUUCAAGUCAACAUUUACUUAUUCUUCUUUAUUUUGUAAGGAAAGAUGUGAUUUCCAAUGUACUGGUGCUUAAAGGCAUUCUUAAAACAAAAAUCAUACAAAAUAAUGAACAGGAGAAAAUUCUUAAUAGAAUUUUGCAGGUGUAGGAUGGAUUUUGAUCCUCUCCUUGAGAAA